AUGGCAGUAUUCUGUGAGAUUGAUGAAGUGGUCGAACAGAUUAGAUACAAGACUCAGAUGUUCUAUGAGUCAUUAAAGAGAGAUAGUAUUGCAGAACAAUUGUAUAACUUCUCAAAUGACGACUCUACAAAUGAUCAAUCUAUACCUUAUAGUAAGAGUCUAGAGAAGGAUUAUAGUAAUCUGAUCUAUGUAGGUGGUAAUAAGACACCUACUACAACAACUGGAACAACAAUAACAACAAAUAAUAGUAGUAGUAGUGGAGGUGGAGGUAGUGGCACAACAUCACCAGUACCACCUCCAUCCUCUACAAUCAACAACAACAACACAACUGUAAAGCCUCCUCCAUCCACUCAACCAACAACAACAACAACAACAACACAAGUUCAACAAACUCAACAAGCUCAGCCACAAGACAACAACAAAGAUAAUACCAAACCAACAUGUAAGAUAGUAACAUUCUCAGCUUCACAAUCAAGUAAGCCAAGUGAAUUGAAGGGUUCAAUGAUGAGCGCCAAGUCAAACAACAACAAUCCAGGUAGUAGUGUAACAAACAACUCAAACACAAAUACAAACACAAUCAACAAGAACAUCAUCAACAACAACAACAACAAUAGUAUAAAGACAACUGGAACAACCACCAACAAUGUUGGCAGUAGUGUAACAAGUAGCAACAACAACAAUAGUAACAGUAAUAGUAAUAGUAACAACAGCACAAACCCUAGCAGUAACAACACUCCUGUGUUCUUGUUUGUCAAGGAGACAUUGUCCAAGUCAUCCACAAACACCACUCCCGACUCCCUCCUUACCAAACUCGUGAGACCAAGCGAUAGUGAGAAGGACCUAUUCGCAGAGUAUGGUGAGAUUAUACCACCACCUGGCAUGGGAAUGCAACUGUCAAUACACACUGGCAUUGGAUCAAUUGGCAUGCUAAGAGUUCGUGUCGUAGACAAGGCAACAGUUAUCCAAUCAAUUGCUGCAGCACUCAAGACAUACUUCUCGCAGCAGAAUCAACAACCACAACCACAGCAGCAACAAACUCUUGGCACAAGUGUUGGAAGCACUGGCAGCAGUGGAAGCUCCACCAACCUCCUCUAUCCCGACCCCAAGGCUUACUUCUUGCGAAUUGCCGACGACGACGGCAAGAUAGACGAGGACUACCCAACGCUCGAUCCCAAUCAGCAGAUAUACAAGUUCAAGGAUGAGGUCUUUGUUCUCUGUCUCAAUCAAAAGUACGAGGCUGAGCGACGUCGCUCCUCAUCGGGUGUACAGCCACGACCAACCUCCCUGGCCGUACCGCAGGACAAGGUCCAUCUCCGACGUGUCAGUGUUGGCACUUUGGACACGAUCGCACUGGUCAAGAUAACGUUGCCAGACUCGAGCAUCACCAAGGUAGCCUAUCAGCCCGACAUGAAGCUAAAGGAGCUACUAAUGAACACAUGCAAAAAGAGAAAGCUCAUCAUGGCCGAGCAUCACUUUGAGCAGAAUGGCAGCGUGAUUGACCCCGAGUUGACUCUGGACAAGCUGACAUCGUUGGAGAUUGUACUGGUGUCCAAACUUAGAAGGUCAAUGAGCGGUGAUGGCACCAUGCUGGUUGGCGAGGAUAACACAGGCGAUCAUGAAGACAUCUUUUGGUACGAUCUCUUGGCCUACCAAUACAAGCAGUACGAGGUGGUCAAGCUCAAGAAGUAUGGCUCAAAACAAGAGAGGAUCAUUGGCAUUGACAAGGAGCGCAUCACAAACAUGUCGCCCAAUCUAAAGAAGGAACAAGAGACAAAGAGACCAACAAGAAUGAUAAAGGAUAUUGCAAAGGUCGCAUUGGCAGAGAAGCCAAAGCACUUCACAAUUGAAUAUAUCGAUGGCAAGACCUACCUCUAUGAAGCCAAGUCUCAUCCAGUUGCUGCUGAGAUCGUUGGCAAGAUACAUUAUAUAUUAAAGUCACAUCACAUGUAG